GUGAAAGUCCAUCGCUGACUUCAAUCCUAUUCGGCACUAUCCCGAUGGCCAAAGUGACACCCGCAGACGGACUGGACGCCGUGGUCGACACCAGAUCGUCUAUGGUGCAAAAGGCCAAACUACGCGCGCGACUUGAGCGGCUCGGCGCAGGCAAGUCGUACUUUGGCGUUACGUUGGGCGACAUUGGCGACUUGGGGGUCGGCAUUCGGCUCUACUUUAUGCUGACCAAGUACACGUCCAUGUUGUUCGUGGUCAUGUCCGUCUGCGCGGCGCCCACGGCAGUGUUGCAUUACUACGGCCACGGCGUGACCGCCGCCACCAAAGACCCACUUGGCCUCAAUUUCGUGUCCUUGGCCAACGAAGGCAUCAACGCCGAGUACAUCCCGACCAACUGCACGUACAUGGGGGGCACCAUGGAUUGCUCGCUUCGUACGCUCGACACGCCGUUCACCACAUCUCCCAAGAUAGUGGCGUAUGUUGCCACGAUCUGCGACUGCGUGUAUUCGCUCGUGUUUGUCGUGUUCAUCGUGGCCUUCUCAUACCGGUGUCAUGCCAUCGUGACCGCCCAUACGAGGGACAACAUCACCCCCGCCAAAUACGCCGUCUACGUCCGCGGCUUUCCCCGCGACGCCACAGAACAAGAGAUCAUGACGCAUUUCAGCACGCUCUACGAUCUGUCCCAGCCGGCGCAUCGCUUUCCCAUGUGGCUGGGGUGCUUUGGUCGUCGUCGCCGCCAAGUCAAACAACAGCUUCGUGUCGCCCGUCCAGGCUCUACCACAAACUGUAGUCCUGGACACGACGAGAAUGGGGCAAAGUUACCGCAGCCGGUUGAAAACGUUUCCCAUGUGGACGGGAACGAGCUGUACGUGGGUUCGUGGGUCGCCCAAGUGAGCAUCGCCCGCCCGAUCGGUCGGUUCUUGCGGCUGUUUCUGGCGCUGGAGACGCUCACGCAGCGCAUCGCCAUGUUGGAAGCGACAAUGGUAGAGUAUCGGAAACAAGAGCGCCGGUUUCGCAAGCGGCUCCGACGCGCUGAGACGGAAUUCGCGACCCUGGAAACCCAGCUCGAGGCCAAAACAAACAAGAUGACUGCCCUCCGCACCCAAGGCAAUCAACGGUUGAGUGAGUGCGAGUGCGCGUUUAUCGUGUUUAACCAUGUGGAGAGCCAGCGACGAUGCUUGGCCGAUUACCGCACAAGCACGACGUGGUGGAAGCGGUACUUUCAGCCCAAGGACCUCCGCUUUCGACGAAUCCACCCCCUCAAAGUCACCGCCGCGCCCGAGCCAUCCAAUAUUAUUUGGGAAAACUUGGAAACUCCCCCUGUGGAGCGGUUUGCCAGACGCUCCUUUACGAAUUUUGUCACGUUUUUGCUCUUGGUCGUGUCGUGCGCGAUCAUUUCGUUGGCCCAGGGCGCUCAGCAAGCGUUCAACAAGCCCGGACCAAGUAGCAUUUGCAGCAAGAUCUUGGAGGUCUACCAAGGCCCCGACUUCAACACGUCGACGGACAACAGUGCCACCAGCCCCUCCAACAGCACCGAUGAUUGGACCCUUCAAUGGAACGCGUCGUCCCGUUGCCCCGACGACGCGUCAUUUGACAUAACGUUCUUGAACCACUCCGCAACUCCGUUCCCCCCAAGUGUCCUCCCUUUCAACGACAUUGGGGGGGGCUCCUUCAACCUCACUAGGUGCACGUCGACUUGCUUUACCCCGGGUUUAACGACGUGUGGCACGCUGCCUUGCUUCACCACGGACGUCAACUACACGUCAUCCAAGGCCGUGGGGGACGACUCGUGUGAGGCGUACGACGCAAGCAGCAUCCUGCUCUGCUACUGCAAACCAAAACUCGAAGCAUAUGUCAAAGCGGACGGACUGUACAACGGUCCCUGGAAGCUUUGGGACGUGGAGCUUCCGUGCCGGGCGUACAUUACGGCGUUCCUGACCAAGAACGGGCUCUUAAUCGCUGCCGCGAUCACGGUGAUCUUAGUGAAUACGGUGUUGCGGGGCGUUUUCUACGCGUUCGGAACGUUCGAGCGGCACUCAUCCGAGUCCAACAAGGCCGCGGCGGUCGUGCUCAAGCUGUUCUUUGCGCAAUGGAUCAACACAGCUGUGAUCGUGCUGUUGGUGAACGCCAACUUGGGCAACGUCCCCGUGAUCCAGUUCCUUUUAGCUGGCAAACUCACCGAUAUGGAGCGGGGGUGGUACACAUCUGUGGGGGCGGGCAUCACCCUCACGAUGCUCGUCAACGUCGUGACCCCGCACUUGGGACCUCUUCUCGCCGCCUAUGUGAUCUUCCCUGUGAAGCGGACGUUCAAACAGUUCACGACCGUCACAACCCCUCAAAUGACUGCGUUGUUUGCCAACCCAGACUUUGACAUUUCCGUGCGGUACCCCGUAGUGCUCAACACGAUCUUCGUCACGUUCAUGUACGCGGGGGGGAUGCCGGCGCUCCUCCCCUUGGGGGCGGUCUCAUGCUACCUCAACUACGCCAUUGACAAACUCAUGCUCAUGAAGUUAUACCGCGUGCGCACGGCCUACGACCAGGCGCUGGGCACGCUGGCGCUGCAGCUGUUUCCUUGGAUGUUGCUCGUGCAUCUCGGGUUUUCCGCAUGGGCGUACGGGGUAUCGUCGCUUCUGCAGUCGGAUUUGCUGAGUGUGUCAGCAUUGGCCAAGCAGGCGACGUCGGCGCUCGCGUCGGUGCAGUCGUCGUUGUCGAGUCAGGAUAGCGGCUCUUCUGCAGUCAAUAGCACAACCACGGGCGACAGCUUGGAGGGGGGGGACGACCCCACGGAGCUGUUGCAGUCUUUCCUGCAAGACCAGCUCACAGAGGUUGCAGACCCGACGCUCGCCGAUUUGCUCAGCGGGGUACUCAAAGCCUACGCCAAGAUUGUGCGACUGAACACGUUCCCGCUCUUCUUUUUCUUCGUGCUCGUGCUACUUUAUUUAUUGCUGCAUCGCGUGUUGACGCCGCUGUUCCAUGUCACCGUUGGAAUCGUGUUCAAGUGUGUGGGCAUGCUGGUGCGAACACUUGGGUGCCGGUCGGGGCGUCGUGUGGCGACUACAAGGGGGUUACGGGUAGGGAGUGGAGGUGGCAUGAUGUUCCCCGGGUUCACAGCGUUGUUUGAGCGACCACUGACCACAGACGAGAUGGGCGACGACACCAAAACACCGGUGACGAAGAAACCAGUGGACGUGGCGAGGGGGUUUGAAAUCGAUGCCGACCGCCGCGUGUUGAUCUGCCGGGGUGUCGACGGCCACCACUUGCGGUCGUGGGAAGCCACCGCCGCCCAAGUGAAAACAUACGCAAUUGAGAAAAAUCCCAAGUACACGACGGCUGUGGCCAAGUUGCUGGAAGCGAACCUUCGGUUGCACACGGCGGACGCGGCGGCGGCGGCUCAGACGCCGCUGACUGAAGACGACAUGCGGCCCCCGUCGUCCGUUGCCCAUUAACACUUGUGUCGAUAAAUAUAUAUAUUGUAGGAAAUGCCACGUGAACCAUUAGUUGUAGCUGCCAAGGACUU